UGAAUUUAUCACAAUAAAGACUGAAGACUGUCAUAGGUUGAUGUCGCAGCAAUUAGCUUUUAAACAUUCAUGUUAACAAGUCGUGUCUGACAUUAUUUGUUUAUUAGAGACAUGCCUCUGGUUGUAUUCUUACCCUAUAAGACGUUAUCUCAAACGAUAUUCAUCAUUUGUUCUGUUAUGACCAUGGACAUAUAACCUUCUUCAUGUGGAUGGUUACAUGCAUACCGGUAUACUCAACUCUGACCUCCGGAAGCAGAUGAGGAAGUCACAUGACCCGGCAGGCGAAUCUUUUUUUCGUAGGCUGUCGACAAGUCCACCGCAACUGAAGUAAACGAACUCAUUCCAACAGUGAUAAGUCCGUUCCGUCAAUUUUUUUUUUCCAAUUUCAUGGCAGGCGCGUGUAGCAGAUACAUUAACUCCAUGACAGUUAAGUGUCGCUGGUGUCAUAUUUGUGCAAAGGAGGAGUUGGCGAACAUCAUACCGGAUCAUCUUGAGCAACUUCUGCCUGAGGGUCACUGCAAUUUCAUUUGCAAAUACACACCCCUGGAGAGGGGUUUCACAGCCUCCUUAAAGCUUCAACUGGCCACCAGAGAGGAGGCAGAGACCUGGUUGGAGGACUUCCAACGGUCAUCAAGAGUGACCUUAAGAGUGGACAAAACGUAUCCUAUGACAGAGGAUAAAGUUCGGCGCAACAGCUAUCGAGUUGACAUGAGAUGCCAACUCAAGACAAGGCAGACGGCUUACACCAAAAGAAACACACACUGUCCCGCUGGGCUCUACCUUGUGUUGAAAAAGCACUGCCAUAGGGAUAACAGGAAGUCCAGAUCUAUUGAUACUCAUAUUCAGGAGGGAUUAUUGUUGCAUGUGACCAUCAAACAUCACCACAACCACCGCCUUGGUGGUUCCGAAUCCUUACAGCAGGGGGAUGUGGCCAGAGAGACCGUGGAGAAGCUGGUGAAACUUUUUCAGAGUGGGCACUCCCCCUUCUCAGCCCUAAACAUCCUGAAAUAUGACCUCCAGGAGGAGCAGGAGGAUUCAUGUGUGCAUGCCUCUGCAGAUAGGUCCAUUUGUCCAGACGUCCAAUUCUGCUACCGAUUAUACUACUCCAUUUUCAAGAAGGAGUAUGGAGCUGCAUCAGGGGAUGCCAUGCUUGAAAAUGAAAACCUCCAGGAACGUCUGGAGGUUUACAACAAGGAACAGUGUGAGACACGUGCGUAUUUCCCGUCUUGGUCCUUUGCCAAUCACAUGCCAGGAUCUGAAAUAAACGUGGGUUUCUGCAAAAUAGGCACCCAAGAACAAGCUGGAACAACCGCUCCCCCAACCCCACUAGACGGCUCUGCCUCUGCAGGAGCGUCCUCUCAAAGUGAGUUGGUUGCUGAGUGUCUCAAAGGUCGUCUCAGAUCCAUGUUUGAUGGCCUCAUGGACAAGCUUGAAAAGGAUCAUGAGACCUUCCAAGCCCCAAUAGAAUCCCUAGUGUCAUCCUAUGAUAAAAUCCAUACUGACAGCGGCCUGGUCUCAGCACUGUCUACAUUUGGGAAGCUGAGGAGUGCUGCUGUGCGAAACAUCAAAAUGCAGCCAAGAAAAGGUCUGGAAAUGAGCUCACAAAGAGGCGUGCAGCCUACCGCUGAUGCUCGCCGUAAGACUCUGCUGGGGGGCAGACGGGUACUCAUCACUGGUCGACCUCCAAAAAGAGCCCUGAGGGAAUACAAGUAUGGGAAGGUUAAAGAGGGGAGUGGUGCACUGCCAAGGAGACCGGCACCACACACCAUUGCCCAGUGUGUCUCCGCUGGUGUUUCCCUAGGUGGCCAACACAGCAAAAAAUAUAAUGAUUAAGUGUGUUUAGUGUGUUAAUGUUAAGUGUGCUUUCCAGAGGUAUGCAACACUGUUUAUUCUUUUUUAAAUUUUUAUCAUCAUAAUACUCACUCUGAGACACACACACACACACACACACACACACACACACACACACACACACACACACACACACACACACACACACAAAAGGUUCAUAAUA